AUGACUGUCCGCUUAACAGCUGAGGGCAUAGAUGAUGGAAAGUCCUACGACUCCGCUGCGCGCAACGCAACACGGCGACAACCCCUAAAACGAUGCGAAGCCUCUCAUAAAGACACACAGCCACGCCCGUCACCUUUUCACGAGCGUGCCACUAUGGACCAAUAUUCAUCACGAUCAGUACUCAUGAGCCGCCUCUUCAGGAUCAUCACCACUGAUCCAUUGAGAAAAGAAAAGUGUUUUAAUGCCUGA